UCACAACCCUAAUAUUUUCUGAAAUAACCCUAACCUAUCAGUCAGCAGAUCCCUUGUCGUCGCUCGAUCGUUCGUUCGUGCUUCUUCUUUCUAUCCAGCCAUCUCAAGUUGCUGUCAAGAUGGGUCGUGUUCGCACCAAGACAGUGAAGAAGUCCUCUAGACAUAUCAUUGAGAGGUACUAUUCAAAGAUGACCUUGGAUUUCCAUACCAACAAGAAGAUAAUGGAAGAGGUUGCCAUAAUCCCAUCGAAGCGAUUGAGGAACAAGAUUGCUGGAUUCUCGACUCACUUGAUGAAGAGGAUUCAGAGAGGACCCGUUAGGGGAAUAUCGUUGAAGCUGCAAGAAGAGGAGCGCGAGAGGCGCAUGGACUAUGUUCCUGAAGAAUCUGCCAUAAGGACUGAUGUUAUUGAAGUCGAUAAGGAGACUCUUGACAUGCUUUCUUCCCUUGGAAUGAGCGACCUUCCGGGCGUGAUCAAGGCUGAAGUUGAGCCGCAGUCUUUUGCUGCCUCUGCUCCUUUUGGCCGUGGUGCUGGUGCUGGUGGUUUCAAGAAGAGGUACUGACUGAGCUCACUUUGCUUGUCUUUAGUUUAAUAUGCUCUCAUUUUGUUAAAACACAUUUGGAUCACUAUUUGUUUGGAUAUUACAAAAUUUCAUCAGUGUUUUUGACUAUUGCACUACUUUAUUUUUGUUAGUGAAUUGGGUUUUAAUUUAUGCUGCUGCUGGAUUGAGCUGUGUUGUUACAUACAUGGUCAUAUUAUUCUUUUUUAACUUAUAGGAUCAUAUCUUUU